AUGCAAGAAGAAUGCACAGAAGAGCUCCACAGCAGCCAACGAUGUGAGAGCAAACUGAAUGAGCCUGCUGGACCCCUGGUCAAAAGAAGCAGAAAGACAGUGGUGACAGGAGGUGGGGGCUACCUGGGAUACAACCUGGGAUGUGCUCUCGUUAGGUCAGGAGUUGCUGUUGUUCUGUUCGAUGUACAGAAACCUAAAUGGGAAAUUCCAAAUGGAGCAGAUUUUUUCAAGGGUGAUGUGAGAGAUUACGAUGCUGUGUUCAAAGCAUGUGAAGGGGUUGACUGUGUUUUUCAUGUGGCUGCAUGUGGAAUGUCAGGAUUAGAACAACUUCAAAAGAAAGAUCAGAUUGAAUCCAUAAAUGUUGGAGGCACAAAAAUAAUAAUUGAUGUCUGCAAACAAAGAAAUAUCCCUAGACUGAUAUAUACCAGCACAGUGAAUGUGGUGUUUGGAGGGAAUCCCAUUGAAGAAGGCGAUGAAGAAACUGUGCCUUAUUUUCCACUGGAAAAGCAAUUUAAUCAUUACUCUAGAACAAAGGCAAUUGCUGACCAAAUGAUUCUUGCUGCUAAUGGAACUUUACUCAAAGGAGGGGAUAAGCUCCAUACUUGUGUGCUCCGUCCACCAGGCAUAUAUGGACCAGAAGAGCCACGACACCUGCCACGAAUAGCUGUAAAUAUCCAGCGGAGGCUGUUAAACUUCAAGAUUGGGAAUCACAAAGUUCAGAUGAACUGGGUUCACAUAGGAAAUCUAGUACAAGCUCACUUACUAGCUGCUGAAGCUCUCACCUCUGAGAAGGGUUAUGUAGCU